UUGUUUGUAUGCGGCGUUUCAGGAGAGUUUAUAAAUAUUGAGCAGAGUGUAAAUAAUGCAAUUAAAAUAGUGAAUUUAUUAAAAUACAACGAACAAAAACAAGAAAUGGAUGUAAUUUUGCCAUACAAUGCACAGAACAGGGAGCAUUUCUGCAGCUCUGCUCUGCAAGUUGGAUUCCACGAGUUCGUUGCAAUGAAAUUAUUCUACACAAUGAAAGAUUCUGACUUGGACGUGUUCCAGUUGAUGGCACGCGAACGCCUGGAGCUAGUGCUGUACGGUUGGGAAGUGUGCCAAGGACAUUGGGAUGAAUUGACCAACCAGGAAGAAAUAUCACCACACUUGUGUACGGUACUAAAACAAAUUACGCAAUAUUCUCUAGACAUAUGGUUCAGCAAUGAAUGGGAGGAAUGCAAACCACAAUACAAAGCCAUGCUUUUGGUAUGCAUUAGACGGGCCAAGAAUAUAUUGAUGAAAUUGUAUGGAGAUGUCUUUGACUGGGACUACGCUUUGCAAUUAGGAAUCAAACCUUGGGGCAUACCAUAUUUGAAACAGUUUAUAGCGUGUAAUAGCAACCUUAUAAGAAGCUUGACUCACUCUAGUGAGCAUGUAGAAGCACCAGCUACUGCUGAAGAUAUCGAGCAUUUGAAACGAGAAGGUUUGGUUUUGCUGUUAUUGCGCCUAAUUAAAUUGUUCGACGCUGGAUUUUUCGAAGGCGCUCGUAAAUUAUCAAUACGCAUUAUUGCCGCAUGGAAUCACGAUUAUGAGGAAACGAAGCUUCUGCCUCAAGUGUCUCGCACAGAAAUAAGCGAACAACAUAAAAAGUGUUUAAUUCUUAUUUGUCAUAUUUACCUCAUGGCCAUAUAUGAAAUGGAUGACAAUCGUGGUUUCGUUAUUGAUAACGUGGUGAAUAACAUACGAUUUUACUACCAAAAUAUGACGGAAGUAGGCGGCAUUAAAGAAAAUCCCGAAGAACAAAUGGAGUACACACCGGCCCGUUACAUAGCCAUAACCUGCAUUAAUCUGAAUAUAAGUAGUAACGAGUUUAUUGACGCUUUCAUAUACGACUCCUACGAUGAAAAUUUUGUGAGCCUGUUUGGCGUCAUAUCACAAUCCUAUAUGAGCUAUCUGCUCGGCAAUUUAUUAAUGGAAAUGAAUAAGUUAAACGAGGACGAUUUCUGCAAGCACAUUGUGGAUUUCAAACGCGUAAUGCACCUAUACAUCAAUGAAAGAGAACGCAGUGAAGAAUUCAUGAUGCAAGAGUUGCAAAAAAAGGAAAUGAAACGUCGCAGCCACAGUUUGUCCGCAACAAAGGAAAAUAUGACGAAUUUCUACACGAAAAUGUGUAAAGGUAAUCGAUUAAGCAAUAUAGGCAGCAGUGAGCAUAUGGAGGAUGGUCAGCAAGCAAUCACCACCUUGGAAGCGGAAAGCGAUCGGCGUGUAGACCCUGUUUUCCAGCAUCUGCCCAAUAACGAGGAAGUCCUGAAUUAUGUGUACACGGUGCUGGUGAAGAGAACACACAAAGGCUGGUAUUUCGCCAAGCUGAUAGUGCUCCUAAAAAUCAUUGGCCUACAAUUGAACGCCAUCGAAACUUGGCGUUACCAUCCGGGUCUAACACCCGAGUUUUUGAUGAAUCUCGAAGUAAAGCUUUCGCGGCUCUUUGAGGAUCUGGCAAUUAUAUUCCAAGAGCACCUAUUUAUGGAGCAGGAAUUUUGGCUGACUGGUUUCUAUUUAAAUCCAUGCAAGAAGUACUAUGAAACCGUCAUACGUAGUGGUAUGCGUUCGAAUCGCCUUAGUCAUCGCUUCGAAACUGGCGAAAAUUAUGACGAAGACGACAGAUAUGAUGGCAAAAAAGAUCGCCGCGAAAAAGGUGACAAGGGCGAGAAGGUGAACGCCAUUAACGCUAAGUACGGACUGCUUAGUUCCACCAUAGAUGUAAAGGAAAUAUUAAAACUGGCCAAUCAUGAAGCGCCCGACUUUGAUUAUGACCAACUGUAUAGAGCCUUGCACGCCUUCAGAUUGCCAGACAACACCAUUAAGGACCUGCUGACUGUCAUUUUCUUGCCACGAAACAAAAGUUUCGCCUGGGCGCUCGACUGGGUGGAAUUGAGGAAACGUUGUAAAACUCUACUCAAAGAUGCCGACAAAAAGCGCCACUUUAUAGAGCUAAACAUGGCUGAGGCGAACGAUCGGCUGAAGUUUUUAAAAAUUGACUACGAAAAGUACAAACACCGACCUCAGCUGGAUUAUGGCAGCAUCGAGCGGGGCUACGAGAACUCGAACGUGCCGAAUUUCAAUAAGGACAGCAGCGAUGAGAACGAUGACGAAGACUCGGAGGAUUUCGAAGCAGACUCGGACCUGGAUGAACCGGCUAAACAUGAACCGAAGAAAAACGAUCACUCAGAACUUUUCGAUUCGUACUUCAUGAGCACACGUCGCACCAGAGCCCGAGCUGCUGCUAUAAUGGCGAAUGUCCUGGAAAGAGACGAUUUUACGACCAGCGCCGAUGAGGCCAAGAGUUCCAACGAAAUCGCAGUGGAGGGGAAAAAAGAAGCGUGUGAUGUAAAAGAUGACGUCCCCACCGGCUCGACAACUGCGGAAAAUGAGUCUAAGCGUGAUUUCAACGAAAUUUUAAAGGAACGUAAGAUAUUCGAUAACAGCACCAGCGGCUUUAGACCCUUUGCGGAUAUAUGGAGCCUUAAUUCCCAGGAACUGAAAACCGUUGAGAAUAAAGUACCACAUUUGGAGACUGGUGAGCUGUUCAACAAGUCGAACAAAUUAGAAAUGCUGAAAAUGAAGACGGCCAGACUAUUAUACCAACAACGGAAGAGACCAGAAGAAAGCGCACAACAGGAAGAUGCCUUUAAGUGCAAACAGGAAUGCAACACCGAUGUAGAAAUGCUCGAUGACGAAAGCGACGUCUCCACAACUGCUCGUCGGGACAGCGACGAAGUUAAUGACUUCAGUAAAGACGAACAGGGCGAGGAUGAAAAGGACACCCAAAGUCCCACAAAAGCGCAUGUAGAGAGAACAGCACAAGAAGAGCAUCUUAUUCAGCUUUGCAUGAAGAAGAGAUUGUGCGUUCGUUUGCGCAGACUCACAGUCGCCGAUGUGCGAAAACUGCGACAACCCAGCGUACGUUUGGAGCGCAUAGAUUUGCAAGCAGUGGCCGAUCAAAUGUGCAAGCAGCGACGUGCGCAACGAAGAGCGACCUACAUUGAGUCGGAUGACAACUCAAAGUCGAGCAGCAAUUCUUUCGGAGGUGAGCGCAACUUAUUGGACACGCUAAAGCGUCGCCUGUACUCCUCGGAGUCGUCUACCGAUUCGGAUGAGUACAAAAAGAGACGCGUAGCACGGCCGAUGCGUGGCAAAUUAGGCAGCUCGGCGCUGCAUGCGAGGGCUCAGCGUUCGCAACUGAAGAGCUUGAAAGUGACACCACGGAGCGCCAGUGGUUUGAAGUUUCGCAUCUCUACCAAUGAAACAAGUGGUGGCAGUGUGGCCACCGGUAUAAACGCCACCAGCUUGCCAGUUAUCGAUUAUAUACAAAUAUCAUCGUCAUCGUCGUCGGACGAAGUCGAACGCUUUAGCCAAUUGCAGACCGUACAAGAGGAAGUCGACAUAACUGCCGACCCAUUGUACGAGGAGGAAAUACCGAUAUACAGGAUUUAGUCUAAGUCGGCGAAGCGAUUUCAGUAAAUAAGUAUUAUUAUAUAUGAAUGGAAGAGGCAUAUAAUUUUGCAAUUCUUACGUUUAAGAGGUUUUGGUUUGCAGAAUUUAGAAUUUCAUUUUCAUUGCUAAAUUUAAUGCUCAAAACUAUUUUCCUUUACAUACCAUGUAUGAUCUGUUUAACUACUCAUUUAAGUGGCGCACCUUGUAUGAUCGCCUGGAAAAGGUGAUUUUUUUUUAAAGAUUUUUUAUUUACUCACAAUUGGUGAUUGAUUGAUGAUUAAAAGAAAUUAAAUUUACGUUUUAGCGAGUUAGUCGGUAUUUCCAAGUCAAAAAAAAAGGCUUCUAACCCUCUGCAGUGAUUGCGGUCACCGUCAAGGCUGAAAGCAAAAAAAUUAAAAUGAUAUGUAAAGUAUGUCGAUACAAUAACUUACUAUUGUUAAAAAAUGAAAUUUAACAAAAUAACAGACUUUAAAAAAAAUAUAUAGAAUUUUGCUCAAAAUUAGAUCUCUUUUGACCCGCCAAAAUUAAAUUUUUCUUACAAUUUAAAAAUUGGCCAAUGUUUGUACGCAGAAAUUUAUACAAAAUAAACAGAAAAAACUUAAA